AUGGAUAUGAUGGGGCGCGAUUCCCAAAUUAAAAUUAAGAGUACUUACGAGGUGAAGAAUAUCAAGAAUGCGAAGGGGCGCGUGGAGGUGCAUAUUGAUGAAGAUAGUGAGGUGGAGUACGCGGGAUGGAUUGAAGUGAGCGCGGCGUCUCUGUAUUACGGUGGGAAGGGUACAGGUGGGGGUUCAUGGGUGAUUGAUGCGACGCGCGGUCUGGUGUUGUCGCAUAGGGUGCAUUUUGAUAUCAAUAAGCCUGUGGUUAUUAAAGCGGGGCACAAAGAACCAAUUGCCAAUAUUGUCGCCGAGGUUAAAAUUGAUAUGGAACGCAAGUUGGAAAAGCUCGAAAAGGAGUGA